UCGAAAUGACAAUCCAAAAAAAUGUGUUCCCAAUCCUUCAAAUUCUCUUAAUCAUAAUAACAAAAACUACAACAGCCCAAACCACAGAAACUCAGCUUAAUUACUUAGCCGUUCAAUGCACAUACAGUGAACCCAUAAGCACAAACACCACAUAUCACGCCAACCUUCUCACCGCCUUCUCCAAUCUUCUUUCACACUCCACCAUCAACCACUUUUUCUUCACCUCCUCGGGUCUUGGCCCUGACCUCGUCAACGCCUUCUACCUCUGCCGGCCCGAUUUUUCCCUCGCUACCUGUCACGCAUGUGUAAACGCAACCAUCGAAACCUUCAAAAAUUUCUGCAUCGGUCGGAAGGAAACUAUUGUUUGGUAUCAAGAAUGCAUGAUUCGAUACACUAAUAACUCGAUUUCUCCUUCUGGUAAUCAAACCGAGCCUUGGAGUUUUGUGUAUAGUACUUUAAACGUCUCUGAGUCUAACUUCCCUAUGUUGGUGAACACCACCAUGCGAGAGUUGAUUUCAGAGGCGGUGUCGGUAGAACAUACGCCACGGUUUUUUGCUUAUGGAAAAGCUAACUUCACGGCUUUUGUUGGGCUUUAUGGAAUGGUGUUUUGUCGGCCGGAUUUUGCUCCGGAAGACUGCGAGAUUUGUUUGACAUUAGCGUUGGGAAUGAUGUCGAGUUGUUGUGGUAAUGGUUUAUCAUUUAGGACUGCAAUUCUUCUGCCUAAUUGUCAAUUGCGCUAUGAUACUGCGCCAUUUAUUUUUCCAUCUCCGUAACCGCUAUUGUUUUGAAAUAAAUUUUUUAUAUGAAAUGAGUUGUUUUUUAUGGCCAGUAUUGUAUAC